AUGGCCGCCGAAAGAACGAACGUUUCCAGCGACCUCAUCUGGCAGAUCACUCGCAGCCAGAAUGCUUUUCUGGUCAAGCGACGGACUGCCGGUGGUUCUCAGUUCUCCCGGGACCCCCUGAACCUGCAGAACAAGCAGUCUUUCAAGUAUGCUGGAUAUGCCAACACUAAGGCAGUUGGUGUGCAGGCCACCGAGAAUGGCGGUGUCAUUCUCAUCACCAAGAAGUCCGGAAACGCUCAGCAGCCUGCGAAGAACCUGACCAGCGUGAGCUGGGGCCCCAACGCUGCCACCCGCAAGAUCUACAAGGUUGUCGCCGACAAGACUGCUAAGAACGGCUACCGCGCCGACCUUCGUGAGGACGUCGUUGCCCGUGUGAGCGCUAUCCGCCGCUCUCAGAAGCCCAAGAAGGAUUCUCCUGCUAAGAAGCUCCGGGGAGCUCAGGCCAAGAAGGCCGCGGAGCAGCAGUCCGAGUAA